AUGGCCACCCUCGCUGGCUUCCCCAAAGCAGGACUCUCUCGCAGCACCCUCCCUUGGCAUCCAGACGGGGGCCCCGCAGCCGCCCCCAGGAGCAGCUGGGACUCCGAGGCAGUGCCCUAUCUGGAGGGCCCGGCCUCCCCGCUGCGGAGCUUCGGCGAGGGCCCUGACUCUGGCACCAGCUCCAGCCCUGACUGCGACGCCCCUGAUGAUACCAGCAACUCGUCCUCUGUGGACUGGGACAUUGUCAGAAGGCGGGAGGAGGCCCCCGGCGGGGACAACAACGCCGAGAUGAUCCCUCGGAAGCUGCAGGAGGGGUCAAGAGCUGACAGCACCCAGAGGGCUCCGUCUGUCCUCGCCCGGUCGCCUGUGGGAGGAGACACUGCGAGCCAAAGAAAGGAAGAUACUGGCGGUGGGAGCCGAAGCGCCGGGCAGCACUGGGCGAAGCUCCGGGGAGAAAGUGGGCACUUCUUGGAGCGGCACCGCGCUUCCUCUGCGGCGCCCCAGGGCGGGCCUCGAAGUACCGCCCCCCAGGCUUCCUCUCUCCACCGCUCUGCCCAGAGGGACGUGGCCCAGACUGCUUCCGCACACCUCGAUGCCCCCCGAGCUUCCUCUCCCUCCCAAGCAGCCCAACGGGACCACCCCAGAGCCGCGUCCACCCAACAGGACGCGCACAGGGCUUCUGCGCAGCAGAGCGCCCCCAGAACGGCCUCCCCCUCCAGAACCGCCCAGCGGGAUCCCUCCAGAACCGCGUCCACCCAGCGGAGCCGCCCCCGAGCUUCCUCUUCCCCCAGAGCCGCCCAACAGGACAACUCCAGAACCUCUUCUGCCCAACAGGACAACCCUCAGGCUUCUUCCUCUGCCUGCACUUCUCAACCGGAAAACUCCAGAAUUUCCUGUGCCCAGAGGGACAACCCCAGAGGCCCCUCUCCCAACCGGACCACCCAGCGGGAAAACUCCAGAACAUCCUGUGCCCAGAGGGACAACCCCAGAGGCUCCUCUCCCAACCGGACCACCCAGCGGGAAAACUCCAGAACGUCCUGUGCCCAGAGGGACAACCCCAGAGGCUCCUCUCCCAACCGGACCACCCAGAGGGAAAACUCCAGAACGUCCUGUGCCCAGAGGGACAACCCCAGAGGCCCCUCUCCCAACCGGACCACCCAGCGGGAAAAUUCCAGAACGUCCUGUGCCCAGAGGGACAACCCCAGAGGCCCCUCUCCCAACCGGACCACCCAGCGGGAAAAUUCCAGAACGUCCUGUACCCAGCAGAACGCCCCCAGAACCUCUUCUACCCAACGCAACAACCCGCAAUCCUCUUCCUUCCGGCGGGACAACCCCGGGAGCUCCUCCCCUCAGUGCUGCACCCCAAAGAACAAUCCUGGGCCAUCAUCUCCCCAUCGCUCCUCUCAGCGGAACAACCCCAGGAAUUCUUCUCCCCAUCGUACCAACAAAGACAUCCCCUGGGCCUCCUUCCCCCUGCGGCCCACCCAGAGCGAUGGCCCCCGCACCUCCUCCCCGUCCCGCUCCAAGCAAAGUGAGGUUCCCUGGGCAUCCAUCGCCCUUCGGCCAACCCAGGCUGACAGGCCUCAGACCUCGUCCCCCACCAAACCAGCUCAGCGGGACUCCCCCGAGUCCUCGGGCCCUCCCCAGCACAACUCACCGGCCCGGGCCUCUUCCUCGCACAACCCCGGCCCCCACACGGCCCCCCGGACUUCCACGCCUUUGUACCUCACCCGAGGGGCAUCCCAGACCUCUUUUGACUCCUCCCAGUCUACAUGGGCUGUGUGCAUUGGGCACCGGGAUGCCCCCCGGGCCUCUUCGCCUCCCCGCUAUUUGCAAUAUGACCCGUUUCCCUUCUUCCCAGACCCCCACGCCUCUGAGAGCGAAUCCACUCGCCACGAGCCUCCCUAUAUCCCCCCCGCCGUGUGCAUCGGACACCGGGAUGCUCCCCGGGCCUCCUCACCCCCUCGCCACACCCAGUUUGACCCCUUCCCCUUCCUCCCAGACACAUCAGAUGCUGAGAACCAGUCGCCCCAGCACGACCCUCCCCAGUUCCCCCCACCUGUGUGUAUCGGAUACCGCGAUGCACCCCGGGCCUCCUCCCCUCCGCGCCAGGCCCCUGAGCCCUCCCUCUUGUUCCAGGAUUUCCCCAGGGCCAGCACCGAGAGCCUGGUCCCCUCCACAGACUCCCUGCACGAGCCCCCCCACCCCCCCACCCCGGUGUGCAUUGGGCACCGAGAUGCACCCUCCUUCUCAUCCCCCCCACGCCAGGCCCCUGAGCCCUCCCUCUUCUUUCAGGACCCCCCUGGGACUAGCAUGGAGAGCCUGGCCCCCUCCACUGAUUCUCUGCAUGGCUCCCCAAUGCUGCCCCCCCAAGUGUGCAUCGGGCACCGGGAUGCACCUCGAGCCUCCUCCCCACCCCGCCACCCACCCAGUGACCUGGCCCUCCUGGCACCCUCACCUCCUCCAGGCAGUUCAGGGGGCUCCCGGGGCUCAGCACCCCCCGGGGAGACCAGGCACAACUUGGAGAGGGAGGAGUACACCGUGCUGGCUGACCUGCCCCCACCCAGGAGGCUGGCACAGAGGGAGCCAGGGCCCCAGGGCAGCAACGGGGGCCGAACCCGCAGCCCUGGCCGCGCAGAGGUGGAGCGCCUCUUCGGGCAAGAGCGCAGGUGAGCCCAGGGGGGUCAGCCAGGUGGGCUGGGGAGGAGCCUCGGCAGCAGGACAGGUGGAAGGUUCAAGGCUUAGGUUGCCAGAUGGAAAGGAUUGUCCCCUGCGCUGCCACUUACUGGCUGUGUGACCUUGGGCAAGUCACUUCAUCUCUCUUUCCCUAAGUUAAGCGUUUUUUGUUUGUUGGGGUGUGUGUGUGUGUGUGUGUGUGUGUGUGUGUGUGUGUGUUUUACAAUGAAGUGAUAUUGUGCAUAGCCUGGUGGUUAAGAGCAAAGACCAGGGUCAGGCAGGCUCGGUUCAAUCCUGGGUCAAAGCCACUCCCCAUCUUUGUGACCUGGUAAAGUUACUGCCUCCUCUGUAAAAUCCGAAUGUUCUACAUUAAUUGAAAUGAGGUUAAGCUCUCAAACCCUUAAUGUGAUCCAUAGUCACAGGUUUGUUUAUUUUCCCCCCUCCUUACGUGAGGGAAGAGUCCCCAUGAUUUUUUUCUGCCUUAACAAAGAAAACUCAAGGCUACCCAUGGCUCUUGGAAAAGAAUGUCAGUUUAAAAUACAUAGCCAGAGCAUUAUUGUAAUUAAGCGAACUCAGAAUCACAGACUUCUUAGAAGCUAAAGGUUACUCUCCUGGGAUAUGGCGAGAAGCCCAAGUUCAGGUGUCCUGUGAGUGCUCCGUUCCCCCUGCUCUGGCUGAGGUCUCUCUCCAGCAGUCCCAGCCUCAGGAGUUCUCAGGACCAGGGUUGGCAUUCCGUUAGUCAGGGUUGAAAAAACAGCAAACAGUAGGUCUGGUAUGAUGAAUUAUAGCGUAUCUUCCAAGACCCAGUUGUGCAACCAUCACCACCGCCCAAAUUUAGAUCAUUUCCAUCACCCUAAGGAGCAGGUGAUAUUUUGCAUGCAGAAUUCCUCUCUCUGUGUCCCCGAGGCAACAUUUUAUCUUAGAUUGAGUCUGUGUUCGAAAUCUUAUCUUUUAUUAUUCAAGUUUCCUUUUCUUGUUUUUGUUUGUUAUUCCUCACCUGAGGGUAUUUCCCCCCAUUGAUGUGUAGAGAUAGUGGAAGGGAGGGGAAAAGACCGAAAGGGGAAAAGGGCCAUGUGAGAGAGACCAUUGAUUGACUGGUUGCCUCCUGGGGAUUGAGUGCCCCUUCAGUCCUAAGGCUCAGCUAAGGCUCAAAGUUCCUUUUACAGUAACUUCAAUCCGUUUACUAUCCAGAUGACAACCUUUAAGGUCUCCAGCAUUAAUAUAACUAUUUCUUUGGUCUUUUUAAAAUUAAAAAUAUUCGAAUUUUUAAAGCAGUUUUAGGUUCACAGCAAACUUGAAUGGAAAGUACAGAGAGUUCCCAUGCAUCCCAUUUUCCACACCACAUGCCUGGACUCAGCUCAUUAUCAACAGCUCCGAUCAGAAGGUGCAUUUGCUACAAACCAUGAACCAACACGGACACGUCAUUAGCAUCCAAAGUCCAUAGUUUACAUCGGGUUCACUCCUGGUGCUGUACAUGCUGUGGAUUGGGACAAAUAUACAAUGACACAGGCCCACUAUUAUGGCAUCAGAUUAGUUCCACUGCCCUAAAAACCCCUUUGUCUUUGCCUUUUUACGACUAUUUUUAGUCACACGUCAGCUUGUGUACUUUAACUUCUAUCUGAUAACUCAGUAGGAGCACUAAGGUUUUAAAUCAAAGUUACAUUUUCUUUCUUUCUUUUUCCUACUAGGGUAACUUUUAGAGAGAGAAAGGUUUAUAAUAAAAGUCCAGAAUAUGUUUAUACUUUUAUUAAUCAUUGAAUUGU